UAUAUUACGUAUAUACUUUUAGAUCUAGAUCUGGAGGAUCACAACCGCCGCACCUGGAGGAUCACAACCGCCGCACCUUCCCCACACAGCCCUUACCGCCGCCAUCGUUGCGCUCCCGUCGACCGCCACCGCCGUCGUCCACAGCUUCCGACUCACGCCCAGCCGCCAUCAACAGCCUCCGCCUCACGCCCAGCCGCCGCUGCUCUCCACUAGCCGCCGCGUCGCCGCUGCUCUCCUUGCCGCCGGACGCAACUGCCGCACCACCUCGCCGGUGGACGCAACUGCCGCACCACCUCGCCGCCGGUCGCCCUCCCCCGCUCCUCGCCGCUGCUGCUCGCCGGGGUCUCAGUCACAAGGGAAGAAUUGAGGAGCCUGUGUACAAGACAAGAGGACGGUCAAGGAGCUACAGUCCUAAACCAAGGCAUAGAGAUCAAUACAGUGACAGGGAAUAUAGAAGGAGAAGCAGGAGCAGAAGUAAAGGAAGGUAUGAGCGUGAUCGCUACCGUGGAUGCUCCUGUUGGUUAGCAUGUUAUUGUUGCUGGCAAACUACCAUUAAACAAAUUUUCUGACUUGUCAUGAUUGGUAAGGAGUUUAAGCUGUGAUCAUAUAAAAGAUGGAAGAAGUUACUGCUAAGUGUAGCUGUUGCAGUUGAUUCAAGAACUCAAUAUGCAGCUAUGCUGGUUCUAAAUAGGAUUGCUGCUGUGUGCAGUAUAUAUCCCAAAAUCAACUGGUUUUGAGAUGGUGAUUUUAUGAUCUUACUCUAGUGCUGGCUCAUUGUUAGCAUGAGUUCGCGGCUGUAGCUGUGAUGUGAUAGCCGAUGUUUCUGUAGAUUGGUUGUUGCUGACUUGCUGUGUGUACCUUGGUGCUAGCUUUCCAAUCUGAUGCUCCUGUUUUUUGCUGUUGAUGAAAUGCUUUGGUACAUAUGUUGCUGCUGGAUCCUGUGGAUUCUUCAUCCAUUUGCUGAUCACUUCCCCCUUGCAGGAUUGCAGGCAUUUCUUUGUUUGGAAUUUUGAAUAAUCUUGUGCUGAGUUUCCUUUUCUUUCCACACACCCGAAAUAACUUGAUACACUAUAGACCCAUAAUCUUCACAGAAACUGGGCACUUCUGUUAGGUUGCAGUUCUACUAAUUUAUUGUUUGCUGUUGUUAUCUUCAAAUUGGGUUUGAUUUACACUUCACCCAUAUUGGUCCUGUUGUGUCAAAUUUUGUGCCAGGUUAGUAUUGUGAGCAGAGGACCUUUGUAUGAUGAAUUGAGACUUAAUUUCCAACAUUUGCUUACUUGUUUAAGUGGGUUUUCAGCCAAUUUUUUUAUUGACAUGCAAAUUUAUUUUUAGUAUACUUAAAGUUACUGCAUUAGUAGUCUCUUGCAAUGUGGUUCAUGGUAUAAUUUGGUGUUUUUCAGUUAUGUGGUUUGUUUUGUUAAUCUGGUAAACUUGUACAGUAGCUUAGAUUGCAGUUUGCUAUAUAUGCAAUGGUUAUGCUCUUAUAAGGCAAGACUUACUUGUGAUAUUGAAAUGUCAAAUGUGUUAUACUUGUGAUAUUGAAAUGUCAAAUGUGUUAAAUUUCAGGGAUGAAUGAACGUGACUUACGAAAUGUCCCCAUUCUGAAUGGAAUCAAUCAAUUCGAAAACUUUUUACGGAUAAUUUUGCGCCUCUGCGUGUAACUGUGGAAGUACCAGAUUUGGAAACAGUUGGUCUGAGCACUCCGGCGAUUCCUUCAGUCGCACACCACAUGUUUGCUGUAUUGUUUCAAAGACCUAUUCCUCGCAAUUUGCAUAACUCUUUUGCUCCAAUCCCAACCCACUUAACUUUGCUCGUCGAUCACAACCCUUUGCUCUAAGUGCCUCUUUUCUCUAUGAGAAGAUUGACCGCCUGCACAAUUUUCGCUAACUCUCAUUUCCCUCCAACAAUUCGUUUAUUCUGUUCUAGAACUCCAGGUUUUGGAUUAUCCCAAUCUUCAUGUGUUAGCAACAGCGAUAAGAAAGACUCUCCUCCAACUUUCAACAAUGGGUUUUUUUCACUUUCACCAUUGUUUCCGACUGCAAAUGCACGCUUGGAAGAAUGCAGGAUUGAGCUUGUGGAUAGUGAGGCCUGGAAGGUGUCAUCAGGCUUAGCGGAGGCGUGGAGGGGCAAUGUAGAGAAGCGGUCAAAGGUGAAGCCUUUACUUAGAGAUGAGGAAGAGAUGGUGAAAUAUGCACCUCCAAAUAAGGAGGACCUUGAUUUUGAUGAAAUUGAGGAAAUGAGGAUCCGUGGGAACUUGUUUUAUAAGCUUGAUAAAGAUUCCAAAGAAUAUGAAGAGUAUAAGUUUGAUUUCCAUGGGAGGAAUAGAAAUAAAGGUAACAAGAAGGUGAACGGAAUGCAGAUGGAAAAGGCAAGUAGUGCCUCACCCUCUGGGAGUGAGAAAAGCUUGAAGUGCAUGGAGAAGUGGCAAGUAAGUAAGGAGAAGUUGGGCAAUGAAACAAGCUUGGCAGUGGAGAGAUCUCUGCGUUUUGAUAAGAAUAAUGUCUCGGUUUCCUGGCUUCAUGAAUUUGAAGCUUCUGAGGUUGUGAAGACUAAAAGGUCUCAAACUUUCAAUCAGGCUACAGCAGCUUACCAUGAGCCUUUUUGUUUGGAUAUUUAUAUAUCUAAGGGUUCUGCACGUGCCAGCGUUAUCCAUCGGGCAACUAGCAAGGUUGUUGCUGUGGCACAUUCUAUUUCGAAGGACAUGAAAUUUGAGUUGAGUUCAACCAAGAAUAGAGCUGCUUGUGCUGCUGUUGGGGAAGUGCUAGCUCAAAGAGCCUUGGCUGAUGAUAUCCAUAAUGUGGUUUAUACACCAAGGAAAGGGGAAAGAUUGGAGGGGAAAUUGCAGAUUGUACUUCAGGCUAUCAUUGACGGUGGUAUUGAUGUUAAGGUGAAGUUAAAGCAGAGAAAAACCAAGAAAGCCAGCAUCCUCCCACCAAAACCAUAGGACUCAUUAUUGAAAUUGUCUAUUUAUCAGAAGGAACAUGCUUUGUGUUAAGUCAAUGGUAUAGCAUCAUUUUUCUUGAGUCGUUAUCCCAGAAAAGCUUUUGUAGUAAAUUAAAACUUUGAUACUGUAGCUGAUGAGCACACAGCAGGAGUGUGACCUUUGUUAUAUACUUGAGACUUCAAUGCUUCUGUUAUGCCAAAGAUUAGAUUCAUGGAACUUGUUUGACUUAAUGUAGUACACAUAAGAUGAGAGAGGGAGUAAUGAAAUAUGUACCCCUGAACAGUGAAUUUGGAAAUGAGUAUUCCAGUCUGGUAUAUUGAAUAUCAGGUUCUUUCUUUACCCAAA